AACCGUCUACACUUCAACAGCGCCAGUAGGUAGAAGAAGACAGUCUUUAUGUGUGGAAGAAGAAGAAAUAUGGCCGUUUCUAAUUCUUUAAAUGUCCUUUAAGUUUGUGUUGUUGAGCCGAACUUUCCAUGUUUCUGAGUAAUUUACCUACUCAGAACAACUGUGAACAUUCAGCUGAUUCUUGUAACAAGUGUGACUGUUAAGUGCAAGUGUCAAUGACAUUCACUUGGAGAAUAUCACAACUUUUCAACCGUUCGAAAGCCGUUGUUUUGAUAUGGUCAUAUCGAUCGUGUUCAUAGCAACAAAAGCAAGCGGGAAUAAUGCCUAGAAAAGUGAGUUCCGUUCCCGAACAUGCAAGUGCAAACCAUGGGGAGUUAAAGAAGGGCGAGAAAAUUGUGGACAAUACAGGGGGGACAUGGAAGUUGGGCAAAGUUAUUGGAAUUGGGGGCUUUGGGGAAAUAUACGAUGUGGUGCAGUGUGGUGCUACUGAGAACUCUUCGGGGUCCCAAUAUGUUGCUAAGAUCGAAAAACACUCCAGUGGGCCCUUGUUUGUGGAAAUCAAUUGCUAUCUACGGCUGGGCACGUGCAGCAUGAUUGAACAAUGGAAAACCGACAAAAAUAUGGAUUUCCUCGGUCUGCCCCACUAUGUGGCAUCGGGGUCGCAUUUAUCAAAUGGUGAGAAAUAUCGAUUCCUGAUUAUGCCGAAAUACGAACAAGAUUUGGAGGCGAUUUUUCGAGAAAAAAGAGUGUUCAAUCUGAAAACAGUACUGGUGAUAGCAAUGCGAAUGAUGGACACUUUGGAGUAUAUCCAUGGCCACGGUUAUAUACAUUCGGAUAUAAAGGCAUCAAAUAUUAUGUUAGGGUCAUCCACAAAUAGGAAGUCAACAAGAAGAAGGUGUCCAGUGCAGCGAUAUGCUGCGCCGUUGAAAUAUAAAAAACACCUUCGUAAACCCAGGCGAGUUAGCUAUUUGAGGCCGCUAACUAUUACAAAGUAUAUCGAUGAUAUCCCGGAUAUUGUCGGAUUGGUAGAGGCACUGGGAGCAAACAUUUCAAGCAACGACGAAAAACCAGAAGUCUCUAGUAAAACUCAGCCUUUUCAAGGGCAUCAAGUGUAUCUUUUGGAUUAUGGGCUGGCCUCCAAAUUUCGCCUGUCCAAUGGCGAACAUCGCGAAUUGUCUCCUGACCAACGGCGUGCUCAUGCCGGCACAAUUUUGUUCUGUUCCAGGGAUGCACAUAAGGGAAUUGUCUCUAGAAGGUCUGACUUAGAGUCGCUGGCAUACAAUAUGAUUUAUUGGUUAACAGGCUCGCUGCCCUGGAUAGACGACAUAAAUGAGCCCGAGGUGGUCGAGCGGAAGAAAAACGGGUGCUUUGCAGACAUUAACUCAUUUUUGAACAUCUGCUUCCAAAACACUCCAAAUUUUCUAUUAAAAAUGUUGAAUCGCCUAAGCGAAUUGCAAUGCACGGACACUCCCAACUACAAUUUCUUCAGACUGUUGUUCACCAAGGCAAUUAAACAAUAUGGCUACACUAACGAUGCGAAAUUAGAUCUUACUAACACGGAAGGUUGGGGCGAGUGCAAGUCGAAAGAAACCAAAAGUUGCAAAAAGGAAAACAACACUGAAUUUAAACGGCCAAGUUUUCUGCGCUACAACCCCCUGAAGCCACUAAGCUCAAAUAUUAUCUUUAAACGGCCCAAACUGCGGAAAAAGAUCAGAGACAAAUUAGCCAAAAAUAGCAUGAUGAACUGGUCGAAAAUUCUGAUCAGAGACCCGGAGUUGAUUAUGAAGCAAGGAACGGUACGCAAAACUCCUGAAGAAGAACGACCAUUCAGUAUCCAGGACUUCGAUUUGGAGCGUUUGAAUCCUACGGCUGCGAUGAGGGACGUUUUCAACAAGGCGGCAGACAAAGAAGAGCGGCCCCUAUACGGCUCUAGAGGCGACGAAUUGAGCAAAGUGGAUCCUGUAGACGGUUACACUUCGGAAAUGAUGAAGGUACAUCAACGCAUGAUCGAACAAAGAUGUGUUCAGUUGGAAGCAACGGCAGUUCAACAGAAAAGGUCUACACGACGGUCAAGGGGGUCAAAAAACUGCAUCAUUCAUAGGCCUUCACCUAAAUCGAAACAGUCAAGGACAGAAACGCGGGCGACCUUGAGAAGAGCUAAAAGUACUCCGCUGAGACGCACUUGUCGAUUAAAAGGAUAAGUAAAAGUAUCUUAAUUGAAAACUACUGAAAAGACUGGCUUGUGUGUGGUUUGUUUCUUACGGAAGCGAUCGAGUUUUUAAUGUUUGACAUUGUGAAUGUGCCGCAGUAAUGGUUUCUUUUUAUUAAAAAAGUCAAACGAUAUUGUGGGGAUCUCAACUCUCAACUUUGAAUUUAAGACGUGUGUAACUGGAGGCCCGCAUACUUUUUCUUGCAUGGCUGUGAAUUAUUUUUCACUGUGUGCUUUCUAAAUGUGACUUUUGGACAAAUUAAUGUGUAAACCAAUUUGUUAACGUUUUACUUAAUUUAUGUUUGUUCGUUACAUGUAUGGAAAAUUUUGGCAGAUAUUAUGUUCCGUUUUUUUUGUAUUUAUUGUUCUGUGAUCUUUUCCUGUGGUUUUGUGUGGGAUUAAGGAUAUUAAUUCGAUGUGGAUAUGGUGGCAUCCAUGUCUUCCGCUGAAGUGUUGUUUUAGGUCUAGACUAGGAUAGUAAACUUGCAGCAUCUCUUUAUUAACUUUUUAUUUGCUCGUCGCAAAAUUCAGUUCAGUAUUUUCGACUGCAACUUACACCAUUUCGAAAUAAAGAGAAAACCCUUAAUCACCGAGAUUCUGCAAGGCUGCCGUUGAAAACAUAUUGACAACCAAUUUGCUACUUGAGAGAAUAUAAUCAAUGAGAAAGUGAAA